UUUCCACGGAGCGGCGCACUGUGCGAUAGCAUAAGUUUGUGUUCGCGUCGGUACGUGUCGCGAUUUCCAAAUUGCUUCUGAAACAUUAUAUAAAAUUUAAUAACAUUCUUGUGCAUAAUUGGUAUAAACUAUUCGGCAUAUUUUGAAACAUAAUAUAUUUUCUUUUUAUCACGCUCAAUUUCAACAGACGGUUACUAAACGAAGAACCAUGUGUGUACGUACGUUGAUCGGUACCGAAAGUAGCGAGCCGGUUGUAGUAUACAAUAAUCAGAGCAAGCUUCAAAAAACAAAAGAGAAGUAUAUAAAGUUACAUGAUGAUUUAGUCACCAAAGAAUUGGAGAUCAUUAAACAACGAAAAAAUCAGACGGUUUUUAUACCAGAACUAGCUGAUGACAUCUUGAGGGCCAGCACCAUAAACUAUAGUUCACUUUUGAAAGCUUUGUCGAAGUACUAUGAAACAAUACAACAGACUAAAAUUUUCAAAAUCUUGUUUUAUACAACACAACCGGCUCACAUAAUUAUGAUCGCAGCGGUCCUGUGUGUCACAUCGGCUCUUGUACCAACUAGAGACAGAAUGCAUGUUGGUCAUCCUCAAUCAAGAGCAACAUCCUUCAUUUAUCUAGCUUCUUUCGUGAUGCAUCUUGGUGCUCAAAUUUGGAUGACUUUUAUAUCAGGUCUUUCCUUGUAUUUCGCAUUACCAAGACACACGUUUGGAGAAGUGCAACGUAUCUUGUUUCCUAGAUAUUUCACUAUCAAUGCGUGUCUCAGUUUGACCACACUUCUUAUUUUUGUUAAACAUCAUCCUAUACAUACUUGGAAUACUGAAAUUGCCAUUCAGGUUGGUGGUAUGUCCAGUGCUUUCUUUUUGGAAUUAUUGAUACGACUCUAUUUGACUCCACCUCUUCUACGAUUAAUAGUUCAAAAAAAUACUUUGGAACGUGCUGCUGGUAUCGGUAAUGAGAUUGGUGUUCAUAAUCCUGGUCCUCUGAAACACUGCCCUCACUAUUUAAAAAUUCAUCAAGCUUUUAGACGCAUCCAUGUUUAUAUAGCAAUGGGAAAUAUGCUGACUAUGGGAUGUACAGUGCUACAUCUCCAUUAUAUAGCUAAUAAAUUAUGCGUACUUUAAAAAAAUCAUUAAAAUCAUUAAAUAUAAAUUUUAUUGAAUAUAUCUGUAUUAAGAAUCCUCUAAUUACAGAGUAACUAUAUUACGUAAUUAUAUUAGCAAAAAAUGCUAAUUGAUUUCAUUAUUAAUAUUUACUGCUAAAGUACAGAAGAUAUUUAAUGAAGAUAAAUGUAUUCUCUAAAAGAAAUAAGAGCCAUGAGGCUGAUUAUUUGUCCAUCAACAAUGAAUUGAAUAUUCUAAAAUACAUUUCUUAAUAUUUUAUUCAUGGAGAAUAAAAAAGCUGAACUUGAUCUAUAUACCUGUAGAACGAGUGUUCAGUGUAAUUUAUGGAAGCAUUUAUAAAAUUUCUAAAAAACAUGACUUAUUAAUUUAUUAACGCGAUGCAUUAAUUAUAAUAAAAAUGUACCGAUAUACGAAUGGCGAUAAACAUAAGAUUUUUAUGUUUAAUUGCAAGAUGAUUAGUUUUUUGACAUCGAUUAAUUUUUUGUUUGUUCCUUUCUUCUCUGAAAAAUGUAAUGUGCGUGUUUGUGGAUCGUGCGUGUGCUUCCGAUUAAAAUGUAAGAGAAUCAGUUGGUUGUCUAAGGAAUGAAUGAAUCAUAGGACUAGUAAAUAAAAUACGCAAUUUAGAAAGAGAGAAAAAUAUAUAAUUAGUUCUUAUUUUUUAAGCGAAUAUAUACGAAAUUUAAAGAAGUAUUCUUGAAGAAGAAAACAAGAUAAAAUAAGUCUUGCCAAAGUUUAUAAUAUAAAUUAUUGAUAGAAAUAGUAUUUUAAAAAGUUUAUUUGACAUAGCUAUAUAUGCAUUUAUUAAAUUGAGAAAAAGAAGAAAACACAAGAUCAUCAACUAUAUUAACUAAAUAGGUAGUGAAAAACUUACUCUGUAUCAGAGUUAAUGAUAUUUAUUGAAGUAGUGAUAGUAUUAUAAUAGUCUAAUCUUAUAUCUGUAUAAAGUUAUCAGACAUUUCAUGAAAAAUCAACAGAAGAUUAUUGUGGAAAAUGAAUGUAUUAAUUGGCUAAUAUUUUAUCUCGCAUACACAUUUCAUUAUUGUAAAUAAUGCAUCUCGCUCAUUAAGUUGUAAAUUAUAAAAUAUUUGAAUACCAAUAUAAAUCGUACUUUUCUAAAA